AUGAAAAUGGCCAGCACGCCGACGUCACCUGCACUCGACACCGCUUCCCGAACCCAACGGAACUCGCAGACUGCGACGUCCCAGAGGCUCAAGAAGCGGGAGUACGACCGCAAAGCCCAGCGCGUCGCCCGCGAAAAGAAGAAGAACCGCAUAGCCCAGCUCGAGAGCCUGGUGGAGAAGCUGAGCCACCAAGAUGACAACGCCACGACCGCGUCGCUCAUGGCACAGCUGUCGAGGGUGACUGAACAGCGGAACAAGCUGGUGACGUGUCUGAGAACGACGUCCUCUGUGUUCAGCAGUCAUGUAAGAGAAGCCGAGACUUGGGGCUUGGAUGAGGCGAUGGGGGAGUUGCCGCUUCACCGGCCGCUUGACCUGGUCUCACACGAAGCGUCAAGCCUAAGUCCUUCCGCCACGCUGGGAACCGCGUCAGUCCCUGUCCAGGAAAACGAUGCCGACACCAACAAAAACCAACAAAAUGUGAACGACGGGGAAAUGCUUCUUGAUGAGAGCAUCUUCGACAUUGACCAUCUCUUGGAAGAUGUCGUGUUUGAGUCUGAAUUUUCAACAAAUACGCCUCCGGUUAUGAUCAGCCAGCCACGUUCCCCACCGCCUACACUUGCCUCCUUGACUGAGAAGAGCAGUCUAAAUAUGGCACAACAACAGGGACAACUGCCAAAAUGCCACUGUUCGUCGACAUUUCUUGUACGACGGCUGUCAGACGGCUCCCAAGUCAGCUGCAAUAACUGGAAGGCCGGAAACGAGAUCCUCAAGGAGCCGUUCGUCCUCUCCAACGCCGUUCUCGACUUGGAAGACAACACGAGCGAGGACAUACCGGUCCACGCCGUGCUCCAUGGCUGGGAUAGCCUCGCCCACUCCGGCAGGAUGACCCCCCUGUGGAGCAAGGUUAGACAGCUUGACGAGCUCUGUUUUUCGGCUUGCGGUCAGACCGAGCGCCUGGCUGUCUUGUUUAUCAUCCACCUUUUGAUGAGAGCCUACGCCGAUCCGGGCUUGGUGAAAUUAGCAGUAAUACCACAGUGGUAUCUCAAGUCGCCGCUGCAGGAGAUAUCCCACGACCCCUCCGCCGAUUACUUUGCAUGGUAUGGGGCGCCUAAUCUUUCCCAAAUCAUCACGGCUCUGACCAGGCAGUGUAGGCCCGCUCUCCGGUACCGCUUCGCCGUCUCACCGCACCAGUACUGCGGCAACAUGUUCUGGCACAUGUUCAAGGAGCACCUCCGCAUCGUCUGGCCCUACGACUUCCGCGACUGUUACGUCCGGAACGUCCAGCUGGGGACGUACGGUCUAUCGUCUCUGUUCAAGGAAACCGUCCGCAACCUGCGGUGCUGGACGAUGGAGCCGGACUUCUUCGACCGGUUCCCCGAGCUGCGCCAGGACAUACCGAGGUUCCCCGGGACGCCAUCCCCCGCUGCCGCGUAUCAGUUCCAGUUCGCCUUCAGUCGCAACUCGACGACGUCGCCGGGGAUGGACAUGUUUCUGACCGGGUGUUUAAUCGACCCGAAGAAAACGGGGAAGAGGGAGGGUGAAGAGAAUCUGGACAAAUCGAUAGCGCGAGGUGACACCGGGCAGUGCGAGCUCUCCGCAAAAACCUAUAUAAGCGGCUUCUUGUUGAACGGGGUCGGCGCAGACGACAUAUUGGACUCUGUAAAUCUCUAA